GGCGGGGGAGGCGAUGGGAGCCAGGCCCUGGCUGCGGGAGCCCCAGCACCCAUGCCCGGAUAAACCUGGUAGCAGCGGACAGUCCCUCCAGCACAGGCCACUUGGAGAUGAAGUGGUCCAACAGGUCUCUUCCAUCUCCACUUGCCAUGAUCCUGUACCACAACAGAAUACAAUACGUUAAUUUCUUAUGAUGACAGAACAAGCAGUUGCUGUUGUUGGAAGUAUAAUAGGAGCAGUCCUUUUAUUUCUUCUCAUUGGAAUAACUGCAUACCUGCUCUGGAAGAAAUUUUGCCACCUCCCUUCUUACGAAAAGCUCACCAGUCCUGUCAAAACAACAAAUGCAAAUGCCAUUUUUCAGGAUCGGUCAACUUCUGAAAUUCAACUAAAAAGCACAAGGUCCAGGAGCGUUCCGUUUAUCGUUCCACCAACACUGCAUGGGAGAGACUGGAUUAACCUGACGAACGAAGAGCAGGUUCAGGAAGACAGUGACCCCUACAUGAUUCCUCAGUCUGGGCCACGGUCAUCGUUUCAUUCUUUGGCUGGAGCUUACAUUGUAGGGACCAUUAACCCAGAGCUGUACAAGUUUCCUGAAGACAAGAGUGAGACGGAUUUUCCUGAAGGCAACAUUGGCCGCCUCUGGUUCUCUGUAGAAUAUGAGCAAGAGUCAGAAAGGCUCCUCGUCUCCCUGAUCAAAGUCAGAAAGCUGCAGCCUCCUGCUGAUUCCUGUAGUCCGUUUGUGAAAAUCUACUUGCUGCCCGAUGAAAGAAGCUACUUGCAGUCCAAAACCAAACGCAAAACCCUUAACCCACACUUUGAUGAAAACUUUGUUUUCCAGGUUUCCAGUAAAAUGUUGUUCCAAAGGACACUGAAAUUUUUAGUUUAUCAUGUUGAUAAACAGAAAAAGCAUCAUCUCCUAGGCCAAGUUGUCUUCCCACUGAAAAAUGAAACAUUAACCGAUGACAACAAACUAGUCAUAUGGAGAGAUCUGGAGAAAGAAAACUUGGAGCCUCCUUCAGAGUACGGUGAUAUCCAGUUCUCCCUCAGCUACAACGACUACCUGGGUCGCCUCACUGUAGUGGUUCUGAGGGCGAGGGGAUUAAAGUUCCAGGAGGAGAGCCAUGCUGCCGGUGUGUAUGUCAAAGUCUCUCUAAUGAACCAUAAUAAAUUCAGCAAAAGUAAGAAGACAGCAGCUGUUCUGGGAUCUCCCAAUCCAGUAUAUAAUGAAACCUUCAGUUUCAAGACAGAUCAGACAGAGCUGGAUACAACAAGCCUGAAUCUCUCUGUGCUCCAGAGUAUCAAGGGAGAGAAAACACAUCUGCUAGGACGUGUAGUAGUUGGGCCUUUCAUGUACACCCGUGGCAAAGAACUGGAACACUGGAAUGAAAUGAUCAACAAGCCCAAGGAGUUGGUUAAACGAUGGCAUGCUCUCUGCCACAGCAUGUAAAUAGUAUGGAUAAAAAAGUCCAACAACCUUAAAAAGGAACAGCUCUCACUGUCUUUCAUAAUCUGAUGAUAAAAAAAUCUUUGACCAUUUUACACUCCAAAGUAGACAAGAAUAAAAUACAUAAAUUCUUUCCUUGCCCAAACGCAAAGAGAAAACUUAGUCCCUGCUAGGCUGGAACUCUAUCUUUCCUCUCUUCAAAAUAUAUUUCCAUUUUAAUUAAUGUGCAUGAGAGUAAGAAAAAAAAAUAAACAGGAAGACAAACAUGAUAUCCUAGUAUUAGCUAUAUUGACUAGUACAUUCCAAUUCUUGGUCAUCAGUUCUAGGCACAAACGAUCAUUCGUGAUAUGGAUAGAACCCAAAAUGACCUAAGAACUAUCAAUGAUGAUACCAGGCCUAACUGUCCACUGCAAAGGGAUGGAAGCCCAGUAAACGUGCCAAAACAGAUAAAGCCCAAACGAUGCUAACUACUAAAUUUACAAUUUAAUAGCAGCAUUAUAUUGAAAUCCUCUUCUGAAUAUGAAUGGCGGAAAGUACCGAGUGUUCAUUGAUCAAAAAUCUAGAAACACCUGUUUGCAUCCCUCAGGACAGUGUAUUUCUUGCAGUAAUUCAGUUAGAUGUUUUCAGCUGACCCCAACGUACAACACUGUGUUGACACUAAGGGAGAGGUAUAAAAAGUCCUGAAGUCACAAAUGAUUGGAGGCUGGCAGGAGUACUCGAAGAAAAUACAAGGGACUUACCCUGUCCUUAUAGUUCUCCCUAAACACAACUCUGCUGGAGACAGAGCAUAGAUUACAAAAACCUUGGGUUUGACCUAGUACGACCAUUCUUACAUUGAAAAUCCAAUUAGCUUAAGCCCCUACGAUACACAUCUGUUUUAAUGGCAGAGUUUCUUUGUAAAUUACUGUUCUGUAAAAUAAUUCAGAACAAUUAUUUUUAAUCAAAAUAAAUAGGACAUUCUUCCCUUCUUGAUUGUUCACUGGGGACCAGAACUCUGUACCUUUCACACUGUAGUCAUAAGCCAGACACACAGACUAUUGCAGCAAAAUAUUUUGUACAAUUACGUUCCAAUCUCUGCAGCUGAAAUAAAGCCAGCUUCCUUUCAAACAGGAUACAAUAUUAAUUAAUUCAGAAUAUUAAAAAAUUACAUUUAUCUGGUGAGAUGAGAACACUUUUUGAUAAUAUCGUUAAUAUCUAAAGGAAAUAUUAUGAAUAAGAAUAUAUCUGAGAGGAAUUGUAAGGUAACAGACCUCAUUUCACCUGAUCUCCCACUUGAAAUGUUACAUGGUACCCUCAGUCCAUCUUGCUAACUACACUACUGGAUAUAAGAUGAGCCUAAACUCAUUCCACUUAAUUUUACAGGGUGUUCAACCCUCAUUGCUAUAUAUAGCACCUCCAACCUCAAAGAGCUCUUUUUCAAAUUUUACUCCUACAAAACCACUGAAAAAUCAAUCUAAUAGACAAGAUAUUUGAUCUGGAAAGGAGAACUAUACAUAAACUCUAUGAUAACUGUAUUACUUCGAUAAAGCAAUUUUUCUGUAUACAUUAUGUCCCUCUUUAUGAUUUAAAUCAUACCAAUAAACACUAAAGAUCUUCAAAGUAAGCUAUUAAGAAUGUUUUAGAUGGUUAGAUUUACUUAAUGUACAGUGUCUAUUAACAUAAAAAUCUCCAAAGUGGGAAGUCACUUAUCUGACUUGAUGUACAGUACAGCCCAAGUAAUAAAACAAUGUAUUGUACUAA